CUCUUAUUAGCUUUUCUUUGAAUCAAUAAUAAUGGCCAUACACUUGUAACCCAUCAAACCAAAUGGCGCCUAAACCCUUCUCCCUCUCCUCAACUGCUUCCCUUGCUCCGUUUCCUAUCCCUAUCCCUUACUGCAAACCGUAUGUAUUCAGGGUCUCAAUACGCCGACCCGAUGUCAUCACCUGCACACAGUCAUGGACCGAAUCUGACGGAGCAGGAGCUGCAGCUCCGACAAGAGGAGAUAUAUUCAUCCAGCGCCAGCAUUCCGCGGCGGCUAUGGCUGCCGCGCCAAAGAAGAAAAGGCACAAGAAAGAAAAAGUCGUCAAAUUCUCGACUUUAGCUCCGAGCUGUUAUGGGUGCGGUGCUCCAUUACAGACGUCCGAAAUGGAUGUUCCCGGAUAUGUUGACCAGGAAACCUAUGAAUUGAAGAAGAAACAUCAUCAGCUUAGGACAGUCCUUUGUGGAAGGUGCCGCUUAUUGUCUCAUGGCCACAUUAUUACUGCUGUUGGUGGACAUGGGGGUUAUUCUGCUGGGAAGCAGUUUGUUUCAGCAGAAGAGCUUCGGGAAAAGUUAUCUCAUUUGCGUCAUGAGAAAGCUCUGAUUGUCAAAUUGGUUGAUGUUGUUGAUUUCAACGGCAGCUUUUUGGCUCGUAUUAGAGAUCUUGCUGGUGCAAAUCCAAUCAUAUUAGUUGUGACUAAGGUGGAUCUUCUUCCAAAAGAGACAGAUUUUGAUUGUGUUGGUGAUUGGGUCGUUGAGGCUACAGCAAAAAAGAAGCUGAAUGUUUUGAGUGUUCAUUUAACAAGUUCAAAGUCAUUAGUUGGCAUUAGUGGAGUGCUGUCUGAAAUACAAAAGCAGAAGAAGGGAAGGGACGUUUACAUUCUGGGUUCAGCCAAUGUUGGAAAAUCUGCAUUCAUUAACGCCCUGUUAAAGAUAAUGUCAAAUAAGGACCCAGUGGCUGCUGCUGCAAUAAGAUAUAAACCUAUUCAGUCUGCUGUUCCUGGAACUACUUUGGGUCCAAUACAGAUUGAUGCUUUCUUAGGUGCUGGUAAAAUGUAUGAUACACCUGGAGUCCAUCUCCAUCAUAGACAAGCUGCAGUGGUUCAUUCAGAAGAUCUACCUGCUCUUGCUCCUCAGAGUCGGCUUCGUGCCCGAGUAUUCCCAAACUCUCAGAUGGAUGUAGACAAACAAAUGGCAGAUCAAGUGAGAUCAAGCGGGUUGACGGGAUUCACCAUUUUCUGGGGAGGUCUUGUGCGAAUUGAUGUUCAGAAGGCUCUUCGCGAGACGCGUUUGAUGUUUUAUGGACCCAAUGCCGUGCAAGUUCACAUUGUUCCUUCUGAAGAAGCCGACGAUUUUUACAAUAGAGAGCUUGGCGUGCUAUUGACACCCCCUACAGGAAAAGAAAAGGCAGAAGGCUGGACGGGACUUGAAACAAAACGUCACAUAAACUUGAAGUACACCAAUAUAGAAAGGCCUGCAUGUGAUGUAGCUGUAUCAGGUCUAGGAUGGAUUUCUGUUGAACCUGUUGACAUUACGUUGAAAUCACCAGAUCAUAGCGUAGAAGAAGGUUUUGGGGAGUUAGAUUUUGUUGUGCAUGUUCCUAAGCCAGUUGAGAUAUUUGUUCGGCCACCAAUGCCUGUAGGGAAAGCUGGCGCCAAAUGGUACGAGUAUAGGGAGUUGACUGAAGCUGAAUGUGAAGUCAGGCCAAAAUGGUUUUUCUAAUGAGGUCUUCAUUAAGAUUGCCCGGCGCCGAAGUGUGUUUCUUUGUUGUUGUUUUUGUUUUUGUUUUUUUAUUUAUCAAUUUACUCUCUGCGUGUAAUAGAAUAAGUACUUCACUAGAGAUUUUGCUCUCCUUUUGCGGGUCUUGUGUCGUUGCACGAACGGGCUCCCUAGGGCCAGCUUGGGCGCAAAACAUGGACCGGAGCACGAGAAUUGGAAUGUAAUGCUUAAAGUUUGAUUUUUACCAUUUGAUUGACUGGUUGCAAUGUGAGAAAAAAGAUCAAAGAUCAAACAACAACAAAAAAUAGUGCUUGUAUAA